AAGAGUAAAACGCUCUUCGCUUCACUUCUCUGUUCUGCUGUGACUUUUCAUUAAUGGCGUCUCCCUCUCCGCUCUCUCUGUCUCUUACCUUUCUUCUUCUCCCUGUUUUUCUUCCAUUAUUUUUCACUUCGGUUGCUUCUCAGUGCAAGAAUUCUCCUAUCAUUUUCAACUUUGGGGAUUCCAACUCUGACACUGGUGGACUCGCCGCGGGCCUUGGCUUCCCUGUAAAUCUCCCCAAUGGCCGCUUAUUCUUCCGCAGAUCAACCGGUAGAUUGUCUGAUGGACGCCUCCUGAUCGAUUUCCUCUGCCAAAGUUUGAAUGCUAGUCUCCUAAGCCCAUAUUUGGAUUCAUUAGGGUCCAGUUUCUCUAAUGGUGCAAACUUUGCAGUUGUGGGGUCUUCUACUCUUCCAAAAUAUGUUCCUUUUUCAUUGAAUAUUCAAAUAAUGCAGUUCCUUCAUUUCAAAGCUCGUGCCCUUGAACUUUUUACUGCUGAGUUUUCUUUUUUCCGUUUAGGAAAUAUGAUCAAUGCUGAAGGGUUCCAGAAUGCACUUUACAUGAUUGAUAUUGGACAGAAUGACCUUGCUGAUUCAUUCUCUAAAAACCUCUCCUAUGUUCAAGUGAUCAAAAGGAUUCCAUCCAUCAUUCGAGAAAUCGAAAAUGCUGUCAAGACUUUAUAUGGUCAAGGAGGCUGGAAAUUCUGGAUACAUAACACCGGGCCAUUUGGGUGUCUCCCUCAAAAACUUGCAUUAGUUCAGAAGAAGGAUCUUGAUCCACAUGGAUGUAUUUCGAGUUACAAUAGUGCUGCAAAGUUGUUCAAUGAAGGAUUGCGUCGUUCAUGCCGAAGGCUGAGGUCUCAAUUGACAGGAGCAACUAUAGUUUAUGUAGAUAUGUAUUCGAUCAAGUAUGACCUCAUUGCCAAUGCCUCCAAAUAUGGUUUUUCAAGUCCACUAAUGGCAUGUUGUGGAUAUGGAGGACCUCCAUACAAUUACAAUAUUAAGGUAACCUGUGGUCAGCCUGGCUAUCAGGUCUGCAAUGAAGGAUCUCGAUUUUUGAGCUGGGAUGGGAUCCAUUAUACUGAAGCAGCUAAUGCAAUUAUGGCCUCCAAAGUACUCUCAACGGCUUAUUCUUCACCUUCAACAUUGUUUGAUUUCUUUUGUCGCAAUUGAUUUUCAUUUGUACCAUGUUCAAUUUCUUUUACAAGAAGUCUACUGAACUUUAUAGUUGUGCUUUCUAAAUGGUACCAUCUGAUCAUGUGUAGUAGAUAAGAAUAGAUUUUGAUUGUUGAAAGUUAGUAGUAAACUUGCCCAAUGUAUUUGGGUACAUUGCAAUUGAUAAGUUAUAAACUUGCUUCUUUUCUUUCUCA